AUGCCACGUAAUAUAAUGGAUGCAUCAGGUGUGGCUUUGGUUGUAAUUGGACCUGGUAGUAUUGAUCAGGCAAGAGCAUUUACUGAGCAAACAAAAUUCAAAGGAGAAGUUUAUGUCGAGCCGAACCAUUCGUCGUAUGAGGCUUUACAAUUUGCCUCAGGGGUUUCAACUACAUUCACUCCUAACGCAGGUCUCGAGAUAAUACAAUUAUACACGGAAGGUUAUCGACAAGACUUGAAGCUUUCAUUUGAAAAGGACACUGUGACUGGAGGUGACUGGUAUGCAAAACAUCUUGUUGCAACUACUGUGUCCAUUUUUUUUUUUUAUGAUGAGAUCAAAGUAUCUAGUUAUGUACUUUUCUUGAACUCUUAGCAACUAUCAACAAAACGUACAUCCUAACUUGACUUAAUAGUAUUAUCAACAAAACCUAGAUCCAUCACAACUAAAUCCCCUUGGUGGCUUAAACAAGAUCCCGAGGAAGCCACCAAAGAAAUCUGACAACAGUUGACUCUACAUUAAUGCGUAUAUUGAAAAA